AAUUCUGCUGCGGCAAGGCCUCUUGCUCAAGGUCUGUAGAGCGAAGAAGGGCCUGAAUAGGGUUUAUGAAAGUGGCCGAAAUUUGGCAAUAAAACACAACAGAGUGAUUGGAAUACGUGGUUAAAAAUCUGCAGACAUGGCACAGUUGUUGCCAAUACGAUUUCAGGAGCAUGUACAGCUCCAAAACAUUGGAAUCAACUCAGCCAGUAUUGGCUUUGCAACUUUGACCAUGGAGUCAGACAAGUACAUAUGUGUAAGGGAGAAGGUUGGUGACACUGCCCAGGUGGUGAUUGUGGACAUGGCAGACCCUACCAACCCAACAAGAAGACCAAUUUCUGCUGAUUCUGCCAUCAUGAAUCCAGCUUCAAAAGUCAUUGCAUUGAAAGCAAGCAAAACAGUUCAAAUCUUCAACAUUGAAAUGAAAAGCAAAAUGAAAUCACAUAACCUGACAGAAGAUGUUAUAUUUUGGAAAUGGAUUAAUCUAAACACCAUUGGGCUUGUAACAGAGACAGGAGUGUUUCAUUGGUCAAUGGAAGGGGGUGACUCAAGCCCAGUGAAAAUGUUUGAUAGGCACCAGUCUCUUGCCAAUUGCCAAAUUAUCAACUACAAAACAGAUUCAACUGGAAUGUGGUUGCUUCUUGUUGGAAUUUCGGCACAGCAAAGCAGAGUUGUGGGUGCAAUGCAGCUGUAUUCAGUUGAAAGGAAAGUCAGCCAACCUAUUGAAGGUCAUGCAGCCACAUUCACGCAAUUCAAAUUGGAUUCUAAUCCACAGCCAUCCAAUAUUUUCACGUUUUCAGUCAGAGGUGCUCAAGCAUCUAAGAUCCAUGUUAUUGAAGUUGGAACACCACCAACUGGAAACCAACCAUUCCCCAAAAAGGCAGAAAACAUUCUUUUUCCUCCAGAAGCCGACCGAGAUUUCCCAGUUGCUAUGCAGGCCAGCCAAAAGUAUGGGAUCAUCUUCCUUGUCACUAAAUAUGGUUACAUUCAUUUGUAUGACGUUGAAACUGCAUCUCGCCUAUACACAAACAGAAUCAGUGGUGAGACCAUCUUUGUCACUGCUCCAUAUGAGGCAACAGAUGGUAUCAUUGGAGUCAAUCGUAAAGGACAGGUAUUAUCUGUCAGUAUUGAUGAAGAAAAGAUUGUGCCAUACCUUAUAGAAGUAAAACGAGAGAGUCAUUUGCCGCGGCGUCUCGCUGAGAGAUGUAAUUUGCCUGGAGCUGAGAAACUGUUUGAGCUAAUGUUCAACGAAGAAUUUUCUCUAGGACAGUUUUCCGAAGCUGCUAAAAUAGCUGCAAAGGCUCCAAAGGGGCAUCUCAGGACUCAGCAGACCAUUCAGCGUUUCCAGCAGGUUCCUGCCCAGCAAGGUCAGACAUCGCCUCUUUUGCAAUAUUUUGGUAUCCUCUUGGACCAAGGGCAGCUGAAUAAGUAUGAAUCAGUAGAGCUCUGCAGACCUGUGCUUUUGCAAAAUAAGAAGCAGCUGAUGGAGAAAUGGCUCAAAGAAGACAAGCUUGAAUGCAGUGAAGAACUUGGAGACCUAGCCAAGCAGUUUGAUAGCACCCUUGCCCUCUCUGUAUACCUAAGGGCGAGCGUUCCAAACAAGGUUAUUCAGUGCUUUGCCGAAACAGGCCAAUUUCAGAAGAUAGUGUUGUAUGCAAAGAAGGUUGGGUUUGAGCCAGAUUUCGUCUCACUCCUGCGCAAUGUCAUGAGGGUGAACCCCGACGCUGGUGCGCAGUUUGCAUCUAUGCUGUUUCAGGAUGACGAACCUCUUGCAGAUCUUAACCAGAUCGUCGACAUAUUCAUGGAAUUCAACUUAGUGAAGCAGUGUACAUCAUUCCUGCUGGAUGCAUUAAAAAACAACCGACCCAGUGAAGCCGCUCUCCAAACUCGAGUCCUGGAAAUGAAUUUAAUGUCUGCCCCUCAGGUGGCAGAUGCAAUUCUUGGGAACCAAAUGUUCACCCAUUACGACAGAGCACAUGUAGCCCAGUUAUGCGAACAGGCUGGACUGCUACAAAGAGCGCUGGAGCACUAUACAGACAUCUAUGACAUCAAGCGAGCAAUUGUCCAUACACACAUGCUGAAUCCAGAAUGGCUUGUUGGGUACUUUGGUACUUUGUCAGUGGAGGACUCUCUAGAAUGCCUCAAAGCCAUGUUGACUCAUAACAUAAGACAGAACUUGCAAAUCUGCGUGCAAGUUGCCACAAAAUACCACGAACAGCUCACUACCACUGCGUUGAUUGAUCUCUUUGAGUCGUUCAAGAGCUAUGAAGGUCUGUUCUUUUUUCUUGGAUCCAUUGUCAACUUCAGUCAAGAAUCAGACGUGCACUUCAAAUAUAUCCAGGCUGCCUGCAAAACAGGUCAGAUGAAAGAAGUCGAAAGAAUCUGCAGAGAAAGCAAUUGCUAUGAACCGGAACGUGUUAAGAACUUCCUCAAGGAAGCCAAACUCACGGAUCAACUUCCGUUGAUCAUUGUUUGUGAUCGAUUCAACUUUGUCCAUGAUCUUGUCCUGUAUCUCUACAAAAACAGCUUGCAGAAGUAUAUCGAAAUCUAUGUCCAAAAGGUCAAUCCAUCCCGUCUUCCUAUCGUAAUUGGCGGUUUGUUAGAUGUUGACUGUGCCGAAGACGUCAUCAAAAGUUUGAUUAUGACCGUCAAAGGGCAAUUUUCAACAGACGAGCUUGUAGAAGAAGUUGAAAAGCGAAAUAGAUUGAAAUUGCUACUGCCGUGGCUGGAAACACGAAUCCACGAUGGAUCUGAAGAGCCGGCAACUCACAAUGCUCUUGCCAAAAUAUACAUUGAUGCAAAUAACAACCCAGAGAGAUUCCUCAGAGAGAACCCAUUCUACGAUAGCCGAGUGGUUGGAAAGUAUUGUGAAAAGAGGGACCCCCAUCUUGCCUGUGUGGCUUAUGAAAGAGGACAGUGUGAUAUGGAACUGAUUAACGUUUGCAAUGAAAACUCCCUGUUUAAAAGUUUAGCCCGUUAUCUUGUACGGAGAAGAAGCCCAGAGCUAUGGGCAUCUGUCCUUGAGGAAACAAACAAGUAUAGAAGGCAGCUGAUUGAUCAGGUAGUGCAAACAGCCCUGUCUGAAACCCAAGAUCCUGAAGAUGUAUCUGCAACUGUCAAAGCUUUCAUGACUGCAGAUUUGCCAAACGAGCUUAUUGAACUGCUGGAAAAGAUUGUACUUGAGAACUCGGUGUUUAGCGAUCAUAGGAACUUGCAGAACCUGUUGAUUUUGACUGCAAUUAAGGCCGAUCGCACUCGUGUUAUGGAAUACAUCACAAGACUUGAUAACUACGAUGCUCCCGACAUUGCAAGCAUAGCUAUUGGCAGUGAACUUUUUGAAGAGGCCUUUGCAAUAUUCAAGAAGUUUGACGUUAACACUUCAGCUGUACAGGUUUUGAUCGAUAAUAUUAAAAAUCUCGACCGGGCUUAUGAAUUUGCAGAGAGGUGCAACGAUCCUCAAGUGUGGAGUCUGCUCGCAAAAGCACAGCUUGAUCAAGGAAUGGUCAAAGAGUCAAUCGACUCCUACAUCAAAGCUGAUGACCCAUCUUCGUAUAUGGAGGUGGUUGAUGCUGCUAAGAAUUCAGAAAACUUCGAGGAGCUAGUGAAAUUCCUUCAGAUGGCACGUAAAAAGGCUCGUGAAUCCUACAUAGACACGGAGCUCAUCUUCGCCUUUGCUAAAACUGGGCGGCUUGCUGAGUUGGAGGAGUUUGUCUCCGGGCCUAACCAUGCCAACAUUGGGCAAGUAGGCGAGCGAUGCUUUGAGCAGAAGAUGUUUGAGGCAGCCAAGAUUCUCUUCAAUAACGUCUCAAAUUUUGCCCGUUUGGCCUCAACCCUUGUCCACUUAGGCGAAUACCAAGCAGCCGUAGAUGGAGCUAGAAAAGCUAAUAGUACAAAAACAUGGAAGGAGGUCUGUUUUGCAUGUGUUGAUGGCGAGGAGUUCCGCAUGGCCCAGAUGUGCGGUCUUCACAUUGUAGUCCACGCAGACGAACUUGAAGAUCUGAUUCGUUAUUAUGAGAGCAGGGGCUACUUCGAGGAGCUGAUUGCUCUGAUGGAAGCAGCACUUGGUCUGGAGCGAGCACAUAUGGGAAUGUUCACAGAGCUGGCUAUUCUCUAUUCAAAAUACAAGCCUAUCAAGAUGAAGGAACAUCUCGAGCUGUUUUGGUCAAGAGUUAACAUUCCGAAGGUACUGCGAGCAUGUGAACAAGCACAUCUCUGGGCUGAAUUGGUCUUCCUUUAUGACAAAUAUGAGGAGUAUGAUAACGCAGUUGUAACGAUGAUGAAGCACCCAACGGUUGCGUGGAAGGAAGGCUUAUUCAAGGAAGUUAUCACCAAAGUUGCCAAUAUAGAACUCUAUUACAAAGCCUUACAGUUCUAUCUGGACCACAAACCGCUCUUCUUAAACGAUCUUCUCAUUGUUCUUACGCCUAGAAUGGAUCACACGCGUGCAGUGAACUUCUUCCAGAAGGUCAAGCAGUUACCACUAGUUAAACCAUAUCUUCGCUCUGUCCAAAAUCACAAUAACAAAGCGAUAAACGAGGCUCUUAAUUCGCUGCUGAUCGAUGAAGAAGAUUACAAUGGUCUCAGGGCAUCGAUUGACGCAUUCGAUAAUUUCGAUAACAUCGCGUUAGCCCAAAGGUUAGAGAAACACGAACUUAUAGAGUUUAGAAGAAUAGCUGCCUAUCUUUACAAAGGAAAUAAUCGAUGGAAGCAAUCUGUUGAUCUAUGUAAAAGAGACAAUCUUUUUGCUGACGUUAUGCAAUUUUCAAAUGAAUCUCGGGACCCAGCCUUGGCGGAGGAUGUUCUUCAGUGGUUCUUAGAAAUUAAAAAAUACGAAUGCUUUGCAGCAACGCUGUUCAUGUGUUAUGAUCUUCUGAAACCGGAUGUCGUCUUAGAGCUAGCGUGGAAACACAAUCUCAUUGAUUUUGCAAUGCCUUACAUGAUCCAGGUGAUGAGGGAGUAUAUUCACAAGGUUGAUAAACUCGCUGAUGCAGAAACGAAAAGAGACGAGGAAAAGGAAGGUCAGCCAGAACAGCCGAUUGUAUUUGAUCAACCCCAAUUGAUGAUAACUUCCGGUCCAAUGCAAGGCAUGCCACCAGCAAGCGUUUAUGGAAUGCCCCCGCAACCGGGAAUCCCACAACAGGCUGGAAUACCGCAGCAAGCAGCAAUGCCCGGCUACGGCUAUCAACCGGGGUACGGGAUGUAAUUACAUGUUGAAUGUCUGGGACGGAUGCUGAUACCCAUAUGUUAUUGAAGGGUUUUUCAAAGAUUGUAUAAUACGGACGUUAUAGACUGCGUUAAUGAGACAUGGCAUUUGACCAAAUGUCUUGCCUAUAGCGUACCUUGAAAUUCUGCGAUGAUUUCUUUCCUGUGUGACGUCACAGUUUCGCUGAGAUUUCUAAAACUUUCUUGUUUGUACACAUCAAGAUGUAAUGUUUGUGUGGCAUAGGAAACCCUAAUGACGUCAUAUUUGAAAGACAAUCUGAGGGAAGUUUUGGGUAUUUUCAUUAUCAAUUUUUAGAUAGUCAGCUACGGUGCUCUAGUUUUGUUUUAUACGCCAAUUCUGCUAGACAGCUUUUCAAAUUUCCAUUGAUUUAAAGAUAUCUACAAUUCUUCACGAUCUUUAAUAUAUAGAUUCAAAUAUACAAACGUGCCUUGAGGAACGAUCGUCUCCGUAUUUGCUUGUAACCCGUUUGCCUCUUAAAGCGUAUUAGGCAGUUACGUGUUUUACUUGCAGCAUUUUGCUGAAUGAAUAAUGUUAUGUCUUUACCACUAGGCUCAAUGCUACACUUAAUGCUAAGUUGAUUGAUCGUAGGUUGAUUUUUGAGAUUCCUAUAAAGUUGAUCAUAAAUAUCUUGUGCAAGGUUGAUAUUUUUUAAACUUGAUUGAUAUUUUACGCCUAUUGGAUAUACCUUUUUAUUUGACUGUCACAGGUAGAUAGGUAUCCUGGUUAACCAGUUGCGAAUUGAAGAAGUCACACCCUCUUGUUAGAAGCCUUUCAGUAUUCCUCCAAGCACUAUGCACGAGUUCUCUUUGGUAUCCCUUUCUGUUUCAAUGUUGAGGCAGUUUUGUAUUGGAUGGGAAAUUAAUGAUGUUUCAUCUAAUAUUACGAUUUCAGAGCUGAGCAAAUUACACUAGAUGAUAAAAUUGUAUUGUAAUUAGCGGUUGUGAUCGCCCAUUAUUGAGAUAAUUCUGACAAUAUAA